CACACACACACACACACACAGUGAACCACACACACACACACACAGUGAACCUGGGUUACCUACCUCUUGCAGCGGAUUUUGUCAGGGGCGCUCAAAGGCUGCCCCAUCUUUACUCUGGAAUUUCGGAGUUGGCAAGCGGAGGGGCUGCACCUGCUGCAAAGACUCCCGGUCCCUCCCUGGCCCUUUCUGACCCCGACGGCCUAAACAAGGCUGAGCCAGGCCAAGCCAAGCCCCACGCUCGCCCCUUCUCUGCUCCUCCGGGCUGGGCUGCAGGCAGCGCCGGAUCCGGGCAGGGAAAGGCCGCUCUCGGCCCGACAGGGAGGCGCCUCCCCAGACAGGAAAGAGCGCGGCGGCGGCGGCGGCCGCCGCCUCUCCCAGGCCCGUCACGCAGGCGCAGCCUCAGCCGCUCCGCCCGCGAAACGCGGCGCUUCAGCUGGCCCUCGGGGAGGCGGCGGCUCUUUGGAUGUUUGGCCGCGGAGAUCUCGCGGUGCUGGCGGCCGGCCCGGGCUGCCUUCAGACGCCGCCUCCUUUUGCUGUCGGGGUCGGGACUGUGCGCAGUGGAGCGGGCGGGGAGGCGCGCCGGCGGCAGCAGCAGCAACAGCAACAGCAGAGGAGGAGGAGGAAGAGCCGGAGCCGCAGCGGCCGGAGGCGGGAAGGAGGAGCGCGCUGGUCUGCCUUCGCCAGCGCCGCCGGAGCCUCGCCCAGUCCGAUGUGCCUCCUGCGGCGGCGGCGCUGCAGCUGCUGCUGCUGAGCCAGCCGACGUGCCGGCCGAGCCUUUCCGCCGCCGCCGCCUCCCGCAGUCCGACCAUGGCCAUCCCGGCGACGUGCACCCGCUUCACCGACGAAUACCAGCUCUACGAGGAGCUCGGCAAGGGUGCUUUCUCAGUGGUCCGGAGAUGUGUGAAAAAAACCUCAUCUCAAGAAUUUGCUGCCAAGAUCAUCAAUACAAAGAAGCUGUCAGCAAGAGAUCAUCAGAAACUAGAGCGGGAAGCUCGAAUUUGCCGAUUAUUAAAGCACCCGAAUAUUGUGCGGCUCCAUGAGAGUAUUUCCGAAGAAGGUUUCCAUUACCUUGUAUUUGAUCUGGUGACUGGGGGGGAGCUGUUUGAAGAUAUUGUUGCCAGGGAAUACUACAGUGAAGCCGAUGCUAGCCACUGCAUUCAUCAGAUUUUGGAAAGCGUCAAUCAUAUUCAUCAACAUGAUAUUGUACAUAGGGAUUUAAAGCCUGAGAACUUGCUCCUUGCCAGUAAAUGCAAGGGCGCUGCUGUCAAACUGGCUGACUUCGGACUUGCAAUUGAAGUACAAGGAGAGCAGCAGGCGUGGUUUGGAUUUGCAGGUACUCCGGGUUACCUGUCUCCUGAGGUCUUAAGAAAAGAUCCUUAUGGGAAGCCAGUGGAUAUAUGGGCGUGCGGAGUUAUUCUUUAUAUAUUACUUGUUGGAUAUCCUCCAUUUUGGGAUGAAGAUCAGCAUAAACUGUAUCAGCAGAUCAAGGCAGGGGCCUAUGAUUUUCCUUCUCCAGAAUGGGAUACUGUGACUCCAGAAGCAAAGAAUUUAAUCAACCAGAUGCUGACGAUAAACCCUGCAAAGCGCAUCACAGCAGAUCAGGCACUUAAGCACCCAUGGGUCUGUCAACGAUCAACUGUCGCUUCUAUGAUGCACAGACAGGAGACUGUGGAAUGCUUGAGAAAGUUCAACGCCAGAAGAAAGCUGAAGGGGGCAAUCCUUACUACUAUGCUGGUGUCUCGGAAUUUUUCAGUUGGCAGGCAGAGCUCCGCCCCCGCUUCGGCCGCCAUGAGUGCUGCCGGCCUGGCUGAGCAAGCUGCCAAGAGCUUACUGAACAAAAAGUCAGAUGGAGUAAAGAAAAGGAAGUCAAGCUCCAGCGUACAUUUGAUGCCACAGACCAACAACAAAGCCAGUGUAGUAAGCCCAGCAAAAGAAACGCCCCCAGUGCAGAUGUCCAUGGAACCACAGACUACUGUUGUCCACAAUGCUAAUGAUGGCAUAAAGGGUUCCACAGAGAGCUGCAAUACCACUACUGAAGAUGAAGAUUUGAAAGCUACUGCUACUCUGUCUUAUGAAGAGAAACUACUUGCCUGGGAUAGCUCAGGUCAAACAGUGGAGUUGGAUCGUGCUCAGUCGGAGCCUGUCCUAACUCCAGUAGUUCCAUUUGCAUUUAACAGUCUAUCAUUGCGUAAGCAAGAAAUCAUCAAGAUAACGGAACAGCUGAUUGAAGCAAUCAACAAUGGAGACUUUGAAGCUUACACGAAGAUCUGUGAUCCUGGGCUGACCUCAUUUGAACCCGAAGCACUGGGAAACCUCGUGGAGGGAAUGGACUUCCACAAGUUUUACUUUGAGAACUUACUGUCCAAGAACAGCAAACCCAUCCACACAACCAUCCUGAAUCCCCACGUUCACGUUAUUGGUGAUGACGCCGCUUGUAUUGCCUAUAUCCGUUUGACCCAGUAUAUUGAUGGCCAGGGCCGGCCUCGCACCAUGCAGUCCGAAGAAACCCGCGUCUGGCAUCGCCGGGAUGGCAAGUGGCUGAACGUGCACUACCAUUGUUCAGGGGCUCCUGCAGCUCCGCUCCAAUGAAGCUAAAAAUGGCAGUUUUCGGAGAUACUCAGCGGGAGGGCAAUAUCUUCUCAGCAAGCAGCUCUGGAGUCCCUGAAUUACAGCAACGGUCAUCUUCGUUUUGACGUUUCAAGAAAUAAGAAUUGCACACCGGCAGCAGCCAAGUGCACGAAACCCUGCAUGAAUCUGAUGCUCCGGGUGCUGCCGCCUUUCUAUCGUUUUUCCAUGGAUCCAUCGUGUCUGUUUCUGCUGUAUGAAGGUGUCUUAUAACUCCUGAGAGAAAACCCAUAUUGUUUGUAUAGAAAAGAGAUCAUCCGUGAUGGGAGUAUCCAGCACCUCCCCUCCAGGGCUGAUGAUGGAGCAACAGCUGUGAAGCAUCUUUCAGAAUUGGAGCAAAGCGAGAGAGAGAGAGAGAGAGAGAGAGAGAGAGAGAGAGAGAAAGUUUGAGAGCAAGACACAGCACCUCUUGGGCAGCGGGAUGCUGUCCUCUGUUGUAGGCCCAGUGGAAAUGGACCUUGUCUUUGGGUUAUUUUGCUGCUUUAAUCAGUGAGGUAGGGCUGAUGGUAGUGAGCUCACUAGGGCCCGCAUUAAGAAAGGGGUAAAGCAAAAGAAGGACUUUUCUUACGCUGUGGCUAUCCCGCAACCAACUGGCGCCCAGACCUCAGCAGUAGAGAGGAGCCGAUUAUUUGACCGCUGGCUCUCACUGACGGAUUGGGAUAAAAAUGAACAAGAAUGUUUUAAGGAACAAGUAUGGGCUGGUUUUGUUAGCAUAGGAGCUUCAGAGAUGCACUGAUUUUUACAAACAGCCACUCCUCGAUGAUGUGAGUCAACUUAUAAGGGUAGAAUUUAAAAGCAAAUAAUCUUAAAGAGGGCAAAAAAAAAAAAAUUAUGUGAAUGGCUUAUUUUAUUUUUUAUUGUUUAGACUAGAGGGGAAUCCAGAGUGGUGCAGAAUUAUGUGCUCCUUAGGAAACAGUUGAAAAGCUUUGUUACACUCUGCCCUGAAGAUUUGUGCACACAUGCAUUCGCUUCCUGUAUGGUGUGCAAUUUAGUCUCUGUGUUAUACUAAAAUACUAUAUUAGCUAUGAAUUUAAAAAAAAAAGUUCUAUAAUUAUGGGGCUAGCUGGUUUCCCAGUUUGAUUUGUUUUCUGAUAAAACUAGCAAAGGGAGCCAGCAACUUCCAGAAGUGCUGCUUUUUUUUUUUUUCAAUAGCCCGGUCUAUUUGACAUUGCUUUAUUUCCUGUUGUUCUGUAGUUUUUGGGGGAGUUGUUUUAACCACAUAAACAUAGAACCUUCGCAUCGACUGUAUUUAUUGUCUUUGCUACAAAGAAAGCAAGUAAUGUUCUUUAUUUCCUACAUCAGAAGUGUUUGUCAGCUUUAUGGUUUGACUACUAUUUUUUUCAGUUUCUGAGUAGAAGUGGGACAAAAACUUUCACAGUACAUUUCCAAGAUCGGAUUUAUACUAUGACAUUCUCUGCCCCUGGCAUACAAUGCACAUCAACCCUUUUUUAUGUCCAUUCAUUAGAUCUGAGAAGAUGGAAUUCCAUUGAGUUGUUCCCUUUAUACCUGAAGUGGGAUUGAGAAUAUUUUUGCUGUCUAAUUAAAUAAAAAAAAUAAGAGGGUCAACUUAAUGGAGUUUAGGAAAAUACAGUUUCCGUUUCAGUAUGGAUUGAAGGGGAAAUAUCUUUUUCUAUUCUCCUCACGAAAAACUCCUAAUUCAGCUCCAUAAUAUUUAUGAUAGCUCAUGACUCAGUGCAGGAAAAAAGCAUUCCUUCUUGCAGAGGUUUGUGUAAAAUUUUCUUCUCCUUUAAAGAGAAGGAAUAUUUUCUCAAACUAAAGAGAGAAAGACAGACAGAGAGAAUUCUACUGGGGCAAAAGAACCUGUGACGCUUCAGUUGCUGCUGGCUACACCUCCUAAUAUCCCUCACCGUUGGCUUGUGAGCUGGGGUUAUUGGUGAAGUUAAUUCAACAGCAUCUGAAAAGUGUGACAAAAUUUCAUCUCUUCCUAUCAAUUUAAUACAGAACAUAUCUAGGACUAAGUGUGUGAAGUAAUAAAACCCCUGAUAAUUUUACUGAGAUUUUUAGGAAUAACAUUACAAAGUUUGAGGAACAGGAAAUUAGUUAUACUGCUUAAAAAAAAGAUGUGCAUGCUUCUAGGUCUGCUCUUCUCUUGUCUUUUAUCUGAUUAUUUAUAAUAAUCCCCCUGUAUUGAGUAUCUGCAUCCUUAAAACAUAUUUUUGGAACCGUUUGAGUUGUUUUGUCUUUGUUUUUACCAUCUGUAAGACCUGUUCCAAUUUAAUGAGAACCUUAGCUUGGUAUGGCCGUUAUCAAACACAGCUAUAGACCUUUGGCUUUCUUAAUGUUCUGCUAUGAGGUUAAUGUAAGCAUCUAUAUCAUGUCCAGUUUUACACAGGAAAUGGAACACGUUUGAUGCAAAUUUUUUGCAUGAUAGUGAAAUAAUAAAGUUAGUUUUUUUUUCCUGAAUGUUAAUAGAACCUUCAUAGCUUUGUUACAAAUAAACCUUGAACUCAACAUAUUUAAUAAAAUAACAUUUAAAUGGUGCAAAA